AUGCAACUUGGAACACAAUUCUGGAUUAUAGCAUCCAUUGUUUUCUCAACAUCUCUUAUCACAUUAAAUAAAACACUUAAGAAUGUCUACCAGUUCAAUUAUCCAGUUGCUCUUUCCACAUUCCAUUUCAUAUGCACUUGGGCCUUGUUAGAAGUCAUGUGCAGAAUGAACCUCUUCGAGCGUGCAACCACAGUUCCACAAAACGCCAGAUGGAUCAAUGCAUUCGUUAACGUUUCCGGUAUUGUUUUUAUGAAUUUCAACCUCUUAAUCAACUCUAUGGGCUUCUAUCAAUUAUCCAAGCUUUGCUGCAUCCCAGUUAUCGUCCUUGCUAACUACGUAAUCUAUAGCAAGAAGACUCCAUUCCGUACCCUCUGCUGCUUAGCUGUUCUCUUAUGCGGCAUUGCAUUAUUCUCCGUCAACGAUGUUACAAUUAACUUGCUCGGCUCGAUUUAUGCCGUUAUUGCCGUCUGUUUCACAACAGCCUCUCAAAUGAGUACAAAUGUCUACUCUAACAGAUUCCAAGUCUUUGGUUCUGCCAUGCAGCACAUUACAGCUAUCCCAAUGAUUGUCUUCGCAGGCAUUUCAACACUUUGUCUCGAAACUUUCGGAGAAAAAUCUUUCCUCAAACACGAUUACCAGCCAGUUGAGAUUAUUCUUAUCCUCCUUACAGGCCUUCUCGCUGUCGGUGCUAACAUCGCCGCUUUCGCUUUGAUCGGAAAAACAUCCGCUGUUACAUAUCAAGUCGUUGGCCACGCAAAGACAAUCCUUAUCUUCGCUAUCGGCCUCAUCUUUAUCGAUAGAAACGAUGGCGCUACAAAGGAACAAACAAUCAAGAAGAUUAUCGGUCUUCUUUUCGGUCUCGGAGGAACAAUUACAUACACAGUCUUCGAAUUGGAUGACAAGAAGCGCGAGAGACUUCAAAAGGAGAUUACAAAGAGAGAAGAAGAAGAUCACCUUGAAACAUUACUUAAUAACUCUGAGGAUGAUAAUGUAUUAACAAAUGAAACAUUCCCAGAGUCAGAUAAGAAGCUUGAAGAUGUCGAAAAUGAAUAA